UAGAAUUGUAAAAAUUAAAAUGUUUAACUCUAAAUUUGCUGUUGACAAAAAAAAAAACUCUAAAUUUGCUCUAUUAAAAAGGUGUGUUUUGUAUAUAAACUUAAUAUAGGCUCAAUUUGAACAUAAGAAAAAUAAGAGGCCCAGAUAGAAAAAAGUCUAAAGUUCAUUAGCCAGCUCCGCUUCCAGACUUCCAGUCUCCAUAGAAACAAUGCAGAUCGUCUCAGACUUCUCCUCCGCCUUUCCCCACCCAGGCGCCGCCGCAUUAGCCACCACCACCACCUCCACCUCCAGUAUCUCAAUUUCACAUUCUCCGGCGGUAAAAUUUCACUCUACGAACGUAUCUCCCUCCUCUAAACUACUAUUAGCUUCCUCUUCUUCUUCUCGUAGAUGUUUCACCUGUCGAUUUGACAACAAUUCUCCGCGGUUUGAUUCGAACGACGACGAUUAUUAUAACGAGGAUGAGAAUGAAACCAAUGAAGAUGAUUGUUUAAUCGAAUGCUUGGCAGAUGGGAAGACGGAGGAUGGGGUUGUUCUCAUCUCGGUGGAGAAGCUCGAGAAGAGUUCGCGGCGAAUCCGCUCGAAGGUUGGGAUGGAAGCGAGCCUCGAUGCCGUGUGGAGCGUGUUGACUGAUUACGAGAAGCUGUCGGAGUUCAUACCGGGCCUUGUCGUCAGCGAGUUGGUUGAGAAGGAAGGCAACCGUGUUCGUCUUUUCCAGAUGGGACAGCAAAGCAUAGCAUUGGGUCUUAAGUUUAAUGCCAAAGCUGUUCUAGAUUGUUUCGAGAAGGAGCUUGAGAUUCUACCACAUGGGAGGAGACGUGAAAUCGACUUUAAGAUGGUCGAAGGAGAUUUUCAGUUGUUUGAAGGCAAAUGGUCCAUCGAACAAUUAGACAAAGGGGAGGCUUCGGAUUUACAGUUUAAAGAUUUUCCGACAACGCUUGCAUACACAGUGGAUGUAAAACCAAAGAUGUGGUUACCUGUACGGCUAGUUGAAGGAAGAUUGUGUAAUGAGAUUAAAACAAACCUUUUGAGUGUUAGAGAUGCAGCUCAGAAAGUCAUUGAAGGUGUAAUACAUGAUCUUUGAGUUUUUUUUUUCUUAAGAAGAUCAUGUUGAAGUAGUGUUUACACUCCCCUGCCGGUUAGAUAGAUACAGUAAGCUUUUUUACAUACACAUUACACACGGUACAAUACCUGAAAUAAGAAUCAAACCGGACCAAACCGAGUUACAUAGUAGAAUAGAGAGCAUCACUUUAGUUCCUUUGUAAUUACAUCUGCACGCCUAUCAUAUGAUCAAUAUCUUCAACCUAACCACUCUAAGACAUGACCAAGAACAAACUUUAACUCAACUACUUAAGUCAAAUUCAUUUGAAUCUUUUCUUGUAGACGUCAACCUUACUAUAUAACUAUAAGAAUUCAAGAUAAUCAUCAACAGCUAAGUGCAAGUGUAAACAAAGUUAAAGAAAGAAGCAAAGAAACCAUAUUAUAUUUUUUGCUUGUGUUGAAUUAUUUAAUGUCAAUAACAUUUUCACGGCCAACAAGAUCUGGUUACCGGAAACAACAACAACAAACAAACAACACAGUAACACAGUAUAUCUUACAGACACAAACUUUUCCAUCUCUGAUCUUAAACCGACGCAACAGAAAUCUCAU